UUGCUCGCUCACUCACUCACACACGCAACACAUAAAGCUAACUCUUAACAACAGCUACCACUAGCUCUUACAACGAGCCAGCUUGGAAUACAGAGAAGAGGCAAUGAGCGGUGGGGUGUGGUUUCCUGCACUGGGGCUGGUGGCCUGGCUGUGCUGCCUCAGGCUGGGGCCAGUUCAGGGGGAGAAGGUGCUGGUUGUGCCUAUGGAUGGAAGUCACUGGCUUAGCAUGAAGAUACUGGUGAAGGAGCUGAGCCACAGGGGACAUGAGGUCUUGGUGCUGGUGCCUGAAUACAGCCUGUUGAUGAAUAGUUCAGACAGCUUCAAGACAGAGUUCUACCCAGUGUCCUUUACCAAAGAUGAACUGGAUGGAAAACUAAACGAGCUUGCGAAUGGAGCGUUCCUCAAGCCACCGGAAUUCACAGAUUUGUUUAUCAAUGUGCAGCGUCUGGUUAGCUUUACUUCAUUGCAGGUUAAAGGCUGCGAGAGUUUGCUCUACAACAUGCCGCUUAUGAGUCAACUGAAGGAUGAGGAGUUUGAUCUUGUGCUCACAGACCCCUUCCUUCCCUGCGGCUCCAUUCUGGCUCAUGCUUUUUCCAUUCCAGUGGUAUAUUUCCUGAAUGGACUUCCAUGUGAGCUGCAUACAAAGGCUAGCCAGUGCCCCUCUCCUCCUUCCUACGUUCCUGUGUUUUAUUCUGGUAAUACAGACAUCAUGACCUUCCCACAGAGAGUCAAAAACAUGUUGAUGUCUAUUUUGGAGUCCUACUUGUGCAGAAUAAUGUAUGUCCACUUUGACGAUCUGGUCAGCAAGUAUUUAGGAGACAGCAUGACCUACAAGGAUCUUCUCGGUCAUGGCGCUAUGUGGCUUCUCAGACAUGACUUUGCUUUUCAAAGUCCCAGACCUCUCAUGCCAAACAUGGUUUUAAUUGGAGGUAUCAAUUGUGCAAAGAAAGCUCCUCUGCCAGCGGACUUGGAGGAAUUUGUGGAUGGCUCAGGGGAUGACGGCUUCAUUGUCUUUACUCUGGGCUCAAUGGUGUCCAGCAUGCCUGAGGACAAGGCUAAACUGUUCUUUGAUGCCUUUCGGCAAAUUCCUCAAAAGGUUCUGUGGCGAUACACUGGAGCCCAACCUAAAGAUGUACCCAAGAAUGUGAGACUGUUGAAGUGGUUACCUCAGAAUGAUCUCUUAGCCCAUCCCAAAGCUAAGGUCUUAAUGACUCACGGAGGAUCCCACGGUAUCUAUGAGGGUAUCUGUAAUGCUGUGCCCAUGCUGAUGUUUCCACUGUUCGGGGACCAGGGGGACAAUGUACAUCGCAUGGUGUCCCGUGGUGUUGCAGAGCAACUCACAAUUUAUGAUGUGACGACUGAAAACCUAUUGGCUGCACUUAAUACAAUCAUCCAUGACAAAAGUUACAAAGAGAAUAUGGUGAAGCUGUCUCAGAUUCACCUGGACCGUCCUGUUCGGCCUUUGGACCUGGCUGUUUUCUGGACCGAGUUUGUCAUAAGACACAAAGGAGCCAAACACUUAAGGGUAGCUGCACAUGACUUGAACUGGAUUCAGUAUCAUAGUCUGGAUGUCAUCGGCUUUUUUGUCAUCAUUCUCCUUACUGUUUUGUGGGUGACACUCAAAUGUUGCAUGUUCUGCACCCGUAAGUGUUGCAGGAAGGGGACUCCAAAGAAGAAGCAACAGUAGUGUUUCUAAAGCAACAGUCAUAAGCUUUUGUAAACUCUGUAAUGAAGUAAAUAAUGGAGGUUGAAACACUGCAAUGACAUGUCACGAUAGUGUUAUGUACAUGUGUACGCGUGCGUGCAUGUGCGUGUCAAUUAUGUACUUUGAGCCACUUUGUUUUUUACCUUUGUCAUGGAAAUGUUUUAAAUGUUUAAAGACAAGAAUCUUUUAGCUGCUCUCCCUCACUGGUAACAUUUCUGCCAGUUUCACAUACAACUCAGAGUAAUGUCUCGAUAAAUUCAGGGUUGCAGCGCAUGUGUGAAAGGAGCUAUAGUCUACCAGUGAGCAGUAGUAUUCAGGAAUGUACAUAUCAGAUGGCAAUCAAAGGCUGUUAUUAGGGAAACAGAUGGCUGUUCACUGUUAUUUACUAAGUGAUGCUGAGGUUUGAAUGUGUGAACUUUCAGUCAAAGUUUAAUUUGGGACCCACAGGCUGCUGUAAGUUAGCGGUCAACCAAAGCUAUGAACUGUUAAUGCAUUAUUUAACAGCCAAUUAUCUUACGCAGGAAGAAUGUCAACUAGUCGUUAUUUUUCUGCCUCUGACUCAGCCUACUAAGAAAAAAAGAAAAGCAGGGAAAGCUCUGUGGAUAUGUCAUAGCUUCAAUUUAACCAGGAGCCCCUGUGGCCUGUCCAGAGAAGCCAAAAAACUUGUUCAAUGUGAGCAGAAUCAAUUUAUCAAAAAUAAAUUGUGUUUCAUCUUGGGUUCUACCAGUGCCGCGUUAAAUUUUAUUAAAUUUAUUAGCACUCA